CCGUUGAUGAGGACCAGAGGCAGAGGAAGGGGUCGUGGUGGGCGUGGCAGAGGCCGCAUAGUUAGUGUGGCGCCUGAGACUGAAACAACUAAUACACAAGAAAAAAAUGAGCAAACACAAAAAACUGAUACUGAACAGCCAGCUAAUACCAAUAAAGAGAAGCGCAAAAGAAGCAAGCCAUUAGAAAUACCACAAGAAAAGCAGGAUGAGGUGGCAGAUUGGUAUAGAGAAAACGAACCUCUAUACAACAAAGCUCAUUAUCAGUACAAAGAUACUGCUCUCAAAAAUACACGAUGGCAAGCAAAAGCUAAUGAGCAAGGGGUGGAGGAUUGGAAGACUCUCAGGACAUGGGUUGAGUCAAUGAGAUCUCAGCUCGGAAGACUGACACGAGAAGGCAAUAAAUCUGGUUCAGGCAGAAAAGAUGAUACUAAAAGAGACAAAUGGAUCAAAGAAAAAUUUGGCUUCUUGGGUCCACAUAUUGCCAGAAUAGAAACCAGAGGAGGAAUAAACGUGUGCAAUACAGUUUUCUAUUACUUAAUAUUUCAGUUCACUUUUUUUACCUUUUAUUGUUAUUUCCUUUGUUGAAUUCCCGUACCUUUUUUCUUUUUCUGAAUGAUACUUAAUGUUCUGAUUCUACGAAAUUCAUUUUACAGCUGUUUCAUUUCAAACGUUUGACUUUAUCUCGAUAUAUCUUGUACGAAUACAUAAAUACUGUUCCGAUUAUGUCUGAAUAUUUCAGCUGAAAGAGAAACUCAAGGCAAAAUACGGAACAGAUGCUUGCAUCGAUUCUCCCAGUGAACAUGAGGACGAAGAGGAAAGUCAAGAAGACGAUGAAAGAAGAUCGCAAUGUAAUCUUGAGGAGACGUCCAGCACAAUAGAUAUUCCCUCUCCUAUAGUUACAACAAAAACGAAAAAGAAAUACCAGAAGAUGCAAUCUCCAGUUGAAAAAGACAUCCAGGAAGCAAUAAAACAGUCGUCUGAAUUACAGAAACAAGUGCAGGCUAAGCUGGCUAGUCACGCGGACAUGACACCCGAAAGGCAGAACUGGGGACAUUGGAUGGUCAGCAUUCUUCCAGGUAUUGACGACAGAUUGUGGGGGAGGUAUGCUAUGCUUUUGUAUGUUAAUGUUUUGUUACUUGAUGAAUGUGUACUAUACACGGCCGAAUACGCUAUAUAAAAAUCGUGUAUCAUCGAGCAGA